GCGGCCGCGCCAGGCCCCAUCUGUGGGCCGCCGCCGCCGGGGCGCCUUGCCCACGCCCGGGCGGCAUGGCGAGCACGGGAGCCAGCUUCGCGACCUACGAGAUCGUGGAGGCGUACAAGGAGCUUCAGCGGCUUGAGCUGGCCCUGGUCAAGGAGCGGGAGCGCAACGCCCAGCUCGAGGAGGAGCAGCGGGUGGCCGCCGAGUCCCACGCCCGCGACGUCGCGUGCCUGGAGGAGAUGCUGCAGCAGGUUCUGGCAGAGAACCAGCGCCUGUCUGCCCAGCUCGAGGAGAGAAAGAGCGGUGAGGCCCCGCUGAGAUCCCUCGAGGAGAUACGGGCCAUGUACGAGAUCCCGCCGCAAGGUGCCCCCGUGCACCCGCCGCUCCCUGCACGGGACGCCCUCGGGGCGCAACUGGCGCCGCUGAACCUGCAGGGGCACGAGCUCGGGGACGCGGGCGUCGAGGCGCUUUGCCCGGCGCUGGCGGAGAAGCCGCGCUUGACGGCGGUGAACCUCGCGGCCAACGGGCUUUCCUGCGUGGGCGCCGAGGCCCUCGCCCGCGCCCUGAGGUGCAGCGGCUCGCUGACGGCGGUCAACCUCCGCGGCAACAGCAUCGGCGAGGAGGGCGUGGCCCACCUCACAUCGGCCCUGGAGGCGAACGUGCGGCUCGUGGAGCUCAGGCUAGAGGGCAACUGGGUCAGCGCCGCCGCCACCGUGCGGCUGCAUGCGGCCCUCGGGCGCAACCGGCUGCGCAGGGCGCGCCGGGAGCUCCACGCCGAGCUGAUGCUGAUGCUGCGGCUGGCCGCGGGGCCGUCGGCGGGGCUCCCCGAGCUCGCGCGGGGGAAGGUGAGGCUGCGCAGUGGGCGCGGCGGCCUGGGCUUGCUGCUGAGGCUCCUGUGCAGGGACGCGGGGCUGGCGCGAGUGCUGCUGUACGAGAUCGUGGCCUUCUGUGUCUGA